AUGACGGACGCACGUAACAUAGAUGAUGCUGAAAUAGCCCGUCAAGAAGCACUUAAUGAUAAGAUGAUGGAAGCGGCAGAAAAAGUAAUGAAUGCCAACCUUCCCAAGCUAGCUCAAGAAGUUGAGAGCCGAGUUUUAGGGAUUGUUGAUGAGAUGAUGGCUAGCAAGAUUGAGGAGUUAAAGGAAAUGAUUGAAGGAUCCACAACUAGAAGUAAGGAACGAAGGUGUACAUAUAAGGAUUUUAUGGCGUGUAAUCCCUUUUCAUAUAAAGGGGAGGUGGAUCCAAUAAAGUGUCAAAGAUGGAUAGCCAAUGUUGAAGCUGUAUUUGUGCGUAGUCGAUGUGAGAAGGAAGAUCAAGUAAUGUUUGCUACGGGUCAACUUCAGCAACAAGCCAAGGAUCGGUGGGAUACUAAAUGUAAAGAGAUAGGGGAAGAAGGACUCCAAACUUUAACAUGGCAAGAGUUCAAAGAAUUGUUCCUGAAACAUCAUUGCCCGCAAUCGGCAAUUGAUAGAAUACAAGAUGAGUUCUUGCAUCUUCGUCAACAGAAUGAGUCUAUUGAUGAAAUUACCAAUAUAUUCUACGAUAAGUUGAAGUUCUGUGAUGAUUUCGUCAAAUCUGAAAGGAUGAAGAUCAAUCGGUACUAUGGAAUGUUGAAGGCUGAGUAUAGGGAGUUCAUUACUCCUUCAAAGUGUGAAACUUUGGGUGAACUCAUCAAUCUAGCCCGGGAUAGAGAGAUAGAACUGAAGCGACAAGUGGAAAGAGGAGAGAAACGGCCUGCUGAAAAGCCAUCAACUACGAGCCCCUCCAAGAAGCCUAAGCAACACGACACUAGAAGUAAAGGAGGAUCAAAAAGUAGUAUUCCCCCAUGCAAAACUUGUGGAAAGCUUCACACCGGAGAAUGUUUAAUGGGAAAGAAAGGGUGCUACAACUGUGGUCAGGAGGGACAUCCUUACUUUAAGUGCCCUAGUCCCGUGAGGACGUGUUUCAAUUGUUUCACUCCCGGUCAUGUAAAAGCUGACUGUCCAAAGCUUAAACAACAAGGGCAGAAGGAUGAAAAGAAGAAUGAAAAUCAGAAGGCUCGGGGAAGAAUGUUUCAGAUUACUACCGAGGAAGCCAAGGCCUCACCGAAUGUCGUGUCAGGAUCGAAAGAAGAAGGAGCUAGUUCCGGAUCACAAACAAAGGCACAAGAUCGAGGUAAAGCACAAGUUUAAUCGUCGUUGCGUCACUCGGAUAUGAACACACCUUGAUCACCCGUGAUGCGCUUCCGCCUCUUUUGUAGUAAUUUCAAAUGUUAAUAGUUUUGUAAUGUCUAGUUGUGUUGAAGUCUUUAAUCUUUAACUAGUCGUUUGCAAGUAUUUAGUACUUAGAACUCAAUGUUUGAAAUGGUGGUUGAAAAUGUUAUGUUCUUUUGGUGUUUUAGGGAAAGUGUCGUAGUUUGAGUAUUUUGAUAAAGUAUAAACAGGGAAUUUGUCCAAGUUACGAAUGGGUCAUGCCCAAAUUUUAAAUUUUUAGGUGAUUAAACUAUGUGUCGUUCUUGUGACUUUCAA